AUGUCUUCUGAAUCAGGAAAGCCUAUUGCUAAGCCUAUUAGGAAGCCUGGCUAUACCAAUCCGGCUUUAAAAGCCCUUGGUAUACCCGCCUUGAGGCUGCCUUCUCGAAACUGGAUGAUCUUUUGGUCUGUGUUAACAGUAUCCAUCGGUGGCAUAGCCUAUGACAAAUACAAGCAACGUCAGAUUCUGAGCCAUGCAACAGACUUGGUGAAGCCUUUGGCAGAGGAGUCCAUGGAGGUAGACAAAGUGCCACGAAAGAUCACUGUUUUUAUUGCACCUCCUCCAAAUGAUUAUCUGGAGAGUUCGUUGAAAGUUUGGAGACGAUAUGUUAAGCCUGUACUGUAUUAUGCAGGGUUGGACUAUGAAUUAGUUCAAGAGGAUAGGCAAGGGAUUAUUAGAACUAAUGUAGCCAACAGAAUCAGAGAAUUGAGAAAGGAAAUAUUGGCAUCGACGGAUGGGCAGCCAGUUAAAGAGCCUAACCAAACGGUAGCAAAACCAAGUGGUUCUUCAACCAGUAAAAUUUCAUCACUACUACCGUUCAAUAAAAUCAUUCAAGAUCCUGCUGAAGAAGAUGACUCGUUUGAUCCAGAAAUCGGUAAAAAGUUCAAGGAGAACUUCGACUGGAGAAACGUUAUAGGUAUCUUCUAUACAAUGCCAAAACCGAAGCAUAUAAUAAGUGAAGACGCCCUGACAAAGGACCCUAUAUUAUCUGGUGGUGUUAUUUGUUUAGGUAGAGGCGCCUAUAAGGAGUACAUUGCCGGUAUUCACGAAGGCUUGCUUGGACCCAUCGAGAAGACCGAAAAAACAGGAUCCACUGAGCCUAAGAUGACUGGGGUUGUAGAAGCAAAUCAAAUAGAAUCAAAGGUAAGUGAAUCCGGUGCUACGGAACUGGUGGAUGCCGAGAAAGAGACUGCUUUGGAAGAGGCCAAAGUACAAGAUGAUCUAAAGGUUGAUGAAGAAAACAGCUCAGAGGAUUCGCAAAAAUUUUUGAAGCCAUUUAUUUCUUCAGACCAAUACCCUGACCUGCAAAUCGCUUCGGAAUUACAAACUCCAAAUGGCGAAUUCAUAAGAAACCCCAAUACAAAUAUCCCGCUUCUGAUUAAUCAGCCGUUAUUGGUCAUUCCAAUACCUAACUUGAUAGGUUUUACUACCAUUCCAAGGAGAAUACAUCGUUUUUACCAGAAGCGUUUCUACGUAGAGGACGUGUGUUCAAGUGUAGUUAACUGUGUUCGACAAACCCGUAUAAGACCGUUUGAUAUUGCAAAGGAUAUUGAUUUGGCGAAGGACGAAGAAAAAGAUUGGCCACAGAACUGGGUCAAACAGGGUAAAGAAAAGAACAGCGAAUGGACCCAAGAAUUAGUAUGUGAUCCUAGAAUCACGAAGCAUAUGUUUGUUUACGAAAAACCACCCAAGGAAGAGCCAGAAUCAGAUAUUUAA